CUUUUCAAAGCAGCAAGUAAUGUAUCAGCGGAAAAGGAAAAAACAAGACAAACAGAAAAGGCAUGGAGGUAAUCUGAGUCAGAUGGGCAUAGUUUUUCUCAGGUAGCCAAACUUCUGGAGAGAUUUGAAGCAGUAGUAUCUGCCUCUAACCCCUUUCACCUGAGUGCUGUCUUUUAAACCACCCCUCAUUCUUAUCCUCUUCCUUUUUCUGUCCUUCAUUUCCCCUACUCUAGGUUAAAACUACAAAUCAGCAUUAACAGAAGCAAACUUUUUCAACCUGAGUGACAUCAUUAUCUUCAAGCACCAGUAAAUGGGCUAUCUGAAGCUAAUGCGUGCUUCUUGGUUUCUCUCACAUUUUCAGGCAGUUAAUCUUAGCCCGCUAUAAUCCUAGAGAAAAGGUUUUAUAGUUUCUUAUUAUACUAUAGUGAUCUCUAGUUGCAGCACGUAAAGGUAGACAAACUGGUAAAUGGUGUCUGGUGGAUGUAAGCACCACACCUGAAGCAGAAGAAAACGGAUCCCUCAGGAAGAGGCAAAAUUUCUUUAAAAGACGAUGGCAAGGAACAAGAAAUAGCUCAUCUGUUUCCAUAAGGGACACCUCAAAGGAAGAACAGAAAGAUAGAAAAGAGAGAGCAACAGUCACAGAGCGAAGCACAGAAUUUAAACUGCUUGGUGGUGGUGUAAAAAUGUUUUUCUUAUGUAUAUUAUGAACAACAACAACAAAAGACUGUCAGCUUUGGGUGCACUUUGUUCUUAUUUAUCACGUUCGCCUCUGAAACAGAACAAGCUUUGCCUGUACUGCUUUUGCUGGGGUCUCUCCCGAAAACAAAAAGUUGCUCUGAUGUGCACUGGGAGAGAAGUCUUCAGAAACCCGGAGCCCAGCACUGGCUCUUAGAGGACAGCGAUCCCGAGGUAAGAGGCGUGAUCAAAGUCCCCCCACUCCCCCAAACCCUCCCUCCUGCCGCGCCCCGCCACGAACCUCCUCUCGCCCGCGAUCGCGACAGGCGGGGUGCGCGCGGUGCCCGCUGCUCUGCACAGCCGGGCCGGGGGAGCCGGGCAGCGCUCCCCUCUCGCUUUCUCCUCCCGCCCCACCGCACCGCAACUCGCCGGCUCUGCGGGCGGAGGCCGGGGGUGCCUCCUCCUCCUUCUCCUCCUCCUCGCCACCCGGGAGGAUCCGCGCGAGCUCCGCGCUCAGCGGCCCCAUCAUGAGGCUGCGCGCCGCCGGGCUCCUCGGCUGCUGCUGCUGCUGCUGCUGCCUGCUGCCCCUCGUCCUCCCCGCCGCCCCAGGUGUGAGCUGUAAAGCUGGCUGCCACCCAGUGAACGGGUUUUGUGAAUUUCCCAGUGAAUGCAGGUGUCUGCCUGGUUGGCAGGGUGCUCUCUGCAAUCAGUGUGUCCCUUUCCCUGGGUGCUUGCAUGGCAGCUGUGUCAAACCCUGGCAGUGCAUCUGUGAGGAGGGCUGGGUUGGCAGCCUCUGUGACAUAGAUAUUCAGCCAUGCUCUGCAAAGCCCUGCACCAAUAACUCAACAUGCAUAGAGACUGGUGAUGGAGGAUAUAUUUGUCUGUGCGCCCAGGGAUUUACAGGAAAGAACUGCCAUCUCAGGAAAGGACCUUGUAUUAUUAACGGCUCUCCCUGCCAGAAUGGAGGAACAUGCAUUGAUGACAAUGGUUUUGCACCCCAUGCUUCCUGUCUGUGCCCUUCUGGUUUUGCUGGCAACUUCUGUGAAAUAGAUAGGGAUGACUGUGAAUCCAACCCAUGUGAAAAUGGAGGAACGUGUACAGAUAUUGGUGCAGGUUUCAGCUGUUUAUGUCCCUAUGGCUAUACAGGAAAACUCUGUAGCAGCCGUGUCACAUUCUGUGCAAGUGACCCAUGUGAGAACGGAGGAACAUGCAAAGAACAUCCACAGGGAGGAUUCAAAUGCAUCUGUAAGCCAGAAUUUGUUGGUGCCACCUGCAAACAUGUCAGCAAAAACACAAGCCUUUCUGCAGUGAAUACUGGCACAAAGAACAUGCAGAAUUACAAGCUUCCCCCAAAAGCUCAUCACAGAUCAGUGCAUCAAGAACAUGAAAUCCUGAAAAUAACAGUGAAAGAAACAAUCCAAAAUGCAGAUCCCUUGCUCAGUAAAAGCCAAGUGAUAUGUUUUGUUGUACUGGGAUUACUUACAUGUCUUGUAGUUUUGGGUACAACUGGGAUUGUAUUUUUUUCAAAAUGUGAAAUGUGGUUGGCUAAUGCCAAAUAUAGUCAUCUCCUGCGCAAGAAAAAGAACUUUCUUCUGAAGUCUAGUAAUGGGGAAAACCUUUCUGUUAAUAUUAUCUUCCCAGAGAAAAUCAAAUUGACAAAUUACACCAAGAACUACACUGCCAUCUAGGCCCUUGAAAGCUUGCUACCAAAUUGAAACAUACAUGUAAAAUAAAUUGAACUUGUUACCUGUGGUUGGCCUCAGGAUCUGUGGGUGCAUUUGCUGUAGCUUGUGCUGGAUGGUAAUGAAGACAAAUGUAACAUAUCUGUAUUGCAAAGGAUUUUUCAUUCCCCAAAGUAAAUCUAAAAAAAAAAGAAGAAAAAAAAAAAAAGAACUAAAGAGCAGGGAACGUUAACAUGAUUUACCUGCAAGGCAGCUAUUUUUUGUAAAAUAAAAGGUAAUUUACCAGUG